AUGCUCCCACUACACGCACUUCUCCUAGUUCCUCUAGCCAGCGCAUGGACCUUCCAAACCACCAACACAACCGGUGAUACUCAAAUCUCCCGCGGCGAAGAGGAACAGCAAUGCACGGAAGCCACAAUCGGGAAGGGAAAGCUUUUCUCCUGGGAUCCUGAGGGAUCGAGUCUAUGUGUCUCCAUAUACAACGACGCCGAAUGUGAAUCCAGGGCGGGAUACUCGUGUGGAAAGUGGGGAAAAAGCGCUAGUAAAGAAUUUUUGUCUUUCGAUAUCCUGCUCGAGAGUGAAAUUGAGGCCAAGCGCAAAACUUCUACGCUCGCAUUGACACCGUCGUCUACAUCAGCAGCAGCAACAGCAACGGCAUCCAAAUCCACAUCUCCCUCUUCAACCGCGGCAUCGGUAUCCGCAUCCACAACUCCUACCGGGUCCACGGCUGCCUCUGCAGCCAAUACCGACACCGGGUCCGGCUCAUCACUCUCCGGAGGUGCUAUUGCAGGCAUCGUGAUUGGUGUUAUAGCUGCUAUUGCUAUCAUUGUUGCCUUCAUUUUCAUAUUUAUGAGAAAGAAGAACAAGAAGGCCGCAGCUGCUCGCCAAGGCGGUGGUUACGGGCCCCAUGAGGCGAAUGCUGCUGGAUCAUCAGUGAGCGGAACUACGGUUGUAGAGAAGGCAGCAGAGUCCAUGGCAGAGAAGGAAGCACAAUCAGUACGACGAUUCAGACCUGUGCCCGGAUCUAGAGUUGUAGAGUUGGUUGGUGAUGAAGGGAGUGCCGAACUGGGUAGCAGCCCAGUCAGUGAAAUGGAUGGGUAUACCAUCAAACGGCCUUAUCAUAUGGUUUGA